GAUUUGGAGAGUGAGCUAGUUCCAUGACAUUCCAGAAGCAUCAGACAUCAUCCUGGGAGAUCUUUUACUCAGGAAGUGAAAACGGAGGAAUUGCUUUCGGUUUCAUUUCUCAGCCUUGUACAACACCUUCAUUGAACUGAAGCAGCUAGAAAAAUCAUAACAGGAAAAUAUACUGGUAGUUUAUCUUGAACUGGAUAAUUUUUAAAGAACGGCUAGGUUUAUUUUUUAUUUUAGAGCUUUCAAUCUUAUUAAAAAGGAGUGCCUGUACCCUUCUUUUUUACAGCUUCACGUUUGGAUCUCCUGACUGUUUUGGAUCUGUUUGUAAUAGCCAUUGCUGCUGUUGUCUUGCUUCACUCAUUGCCCCAGAGAAAGAAAUCACUCUCAAGGUUUAAGCUGGUAUCAGUAAGUGGUUUUUUUGUGUGUGUGUGUUUGGUUUUUUUUUGUUUUGUUUUUAAUUAUUGUUUUGUUUUGGGUUUGGUUGUGGGGUUUUUUUGUUUUGUUUUGUUUUUUUUUAAUGCUUUUUUGUGUGUGAGCUGUAUUGUUUGUUUAGUUUUUUUGGUUUUUAAAAUUCCUCUUGGCAACCACCCUUUGUUAUCCUGUGAAGGCAAGUAUGAUAUGGAAAUGUGAUAUUUAGUAGUACCUCUAGGGAAGUAGAAUAGCUUCAAGAACUGAGUAGGUGGUAGCAUGGCUGCUCCAGGGUUUACCUGAGCAGGUUUGUGAUCCAGCAGCCCUUAAAUUACUGCAGUAAAUUGUUUGUAGGAGUUACAGGCUGUUUCUGAAUGGCUGCACAGUGGAGUCUUGCACAUCCCAAUGCUUUUCUGAGUUGAGGAUGAUUUCAGGAUCCUCAAAACAUGACUGCAGGCAUAGAAAAGUCAGACUUAAGGUAGUAGUAAAGACAUAGCCUAGAAGAAAGCUGAGAUAUUUAUUUCUGCUUGUAUUUGUAAUUUCACUUUCCCAUACAGUUAAGAGAAGCAACUAUCUUUUAUCAAUAGUAGAGAAUUCUGAAUAGCUCUUGUGUGAAAUUAUAUAUUUAAAAAAUCAUGAGACAAAAAUGUUUUUUUGCAGAACAACUACAAGCAGAUCUACAACAAUGCAAGAAUCUCAACCUGCCACAGCCCCUGGAAUGCCCUAUGGCUCCCCUCAGCCGGUCCCUGGGACUUACCAAGGUGGGUGGCUUGGUGCAGUGAACUAUGGAUUCCAGGCACAGCCCAUGGGAUUCCCAGGUGGAUUUGCCGUUCCACCUGUCCAGAACCAGCCCACCAUGGGCGGGGCAAUUUGGAUGCCUAUUCCUCCUUCUAUUCCCAACUGCCCUCCUGGACUGGAGUACCUCACACAGAUUGACCAGAUCUUAAUUCAUCAGCAACUUGAACUUCUUGAGAUUGUGACUGGCUUUGAAACGAACAACAAAUAUGAAAUCAAGAAUGCACUGGGACAAAGGGUGUACUUUGCAGCAGAGGACACUGACUGCCUCACCAGGAAUUGCUGUGGGCCAUCACGGCCCUUCACCAUCCGCAUUAUUGACAACCUGGGCCGCGAGGUGAUAACGCUGCAAAGACCUCUGCGAUGCUCCUCGUGCUGCUGCCCCUGCUGCUUGCAGGAGCUGGAAGUCCAGGCACCUCCAGGAACAACAGUUGGUUAUGUUGUCCAGAACUGGCAUGCCUGCCUGCCAAAGUUUACCAUUCAAGAUGAGAAAAGAAUGGAUAUGCUGAAAAUUAUUGGCCCGUGUAUUGUGUGCCGGUGUUGUGAGGACGUUAAUUUUGAGGUGAAGUCUGUGGAUGAGACUUGUGCUGUUGGGAGGAUUUCUAAGCAGUGGACUGGUUUUGUGCGGGAAGCCUUCACAGAUGCAGAUAAUUUUGGAAUCUCAUUCCCAAUGGACCUUGAUGUGAAAAUGAAAGCUGUCAUGAUUGGUGCUUGCUUCCUUAUUGACUUCAUGUUUUUUGAGUAUAGUGGUAAUUAA